AUGGCCCCAAAUCCCCUUUGAAAGCAUAUGGUUCAGGUAUCAGCAUAGCAGCCUGUAAAACUUGGGUUAGGGUGCAAAGGAUAUGGAAGGCUUAGAUCAAAUGUCCUAAGUGAGGCAGGACCAGAUUGUCCCCAGUAUGAAACAGCUGGGAAGUAGCUACCAUAGACUGUCCCAUUUGGAAUUAGACCAGCCCUGGGUAUGAACCAAGACAGUCCACAGCCCUUGGAUUAGUCAUGGCUUGAAGAAGAGAAGACAGAGCACAGGGCUGUGCCUGACAGGGAGGGAGUCUGGAGUUUCUGGUUUCAGUGUGAGCCAGGGGAGGGGCCUUCAUGUAGAGGGAGGGCUGGGCCCCAGUCAGCUAUGCAAGGCUGCGUAAGCAGAGGCAGCACAGAACAGAGAGGAUCCCAACACCUUCCUCAAUCGCAGGAGUGGACACUGCAGCUUUGACCACCUAAGGCACCACACUUGCUCCAAAGCUUGUAAUUCCAUUUGCCAUUCUGAGGCCCAAGGAUGGAGCCACUACUAGGGGUGAAAAUUGGCUGCCUGUUUGCCCUGCUGGCUCUCACCCUGGUCUGUGGCCUCAUUCCCAUCUGCUUCAAAUGGUUCCAGAUCGAGGCGGCCACAGGUCGUCACCGCCGGGUCCUCAGCCUCCUGGGCUGCAUUUCUGCCGGCGUUUUCCUGGGAGCAGGGCUCAUGCACAUGACCGCUGAAGCCCUGGAGGGAAUGGAAUCGGAAAUCCAGAAAUUUGAGAUGCAGAACAGGACAAAAAGUGAGGGAAAUUUUUCUGGUGAUGCUGAUUCAGUUCAUAUAGACUAUCCCUACGGAGAGCUCGUCAUCUCCCUGGGCUUCUUCUUGGUCUUCUUUAUGGAGUCGCUGGCACUGCAGUGCUGUCCUGGAGCUGCUGGAGGAUCCGAAGUGCAGGAGGAGGAAUGCGGGGGCGCUCACGUGCUCGGAUUCCACAGCCACGGACCUCUGCCCUCGCCCUCCCGCAGCCCCUUUCGAGCCCUCAUCCUCCUGCUCUCACUCUCCUUCCACUCGGUGUUUGAAGGUCUAGCUGUGGGGCUGCAGACAACAGUAGCAGCUACCGUGCAGCUCUGUCUUGCUGUCCUGGCUCACAAGGGGCUCGUAGUGUUUGGUGUAGGACUGCGGCUGGUGCAGACAGGCACUGAGUCCCGAUGGGCCGUGUUGUCUAUACUGUUGUUCGCGCUCAUGUCCCCCCUGGGCCUAGCCUUAGCGCUGGCUGUAGCUGGAGGAGACUCUGAAGGGGCACGAGGCUUAGCCCAGGCUGUGUUAGAGAGUGUGGCAGCUGGCACCUUCCUGUAUGUCACCUUCCUAGAAAUUCUGCCCCGGGAGCUGGCUGGUCCUGAAGCUCCUCUGGCCAAGUGGGGCUGUGUAGCCACUGGUUUUGCCUUCAUGGCUCUUAUUGCAUUGUGGGCCUGAGAGAUUCCUGACUUCUCUGACAGACUCCUCUAGAAUGCUCUCCUUACCCCCAGGAGGCACCUCCCCAAUGGCUUUGGCCCUCAGACAUCUUCAGUGAGACUAAGUGGCAUUCACUAGGCAUCAUCCCCCAUGAACUGGGCCCCAGCUUUUCCUACAUGAGAUAGCAUUGCUCAUCCAAGACUGAGAAAAAGAUGUUUAUUUAGGUUGAGGGCCUAUACAUUGGAGAAUUGAUAUAAAGACCAUCUUUCCAGAUUUGACUCAUCCCAUUUU